AUGCAAUCCACAAAAGCACCCGAAUAUCUGGAGACUGGGGUUGCGUCUCGUUCGCGCAGCCCCAGCGUCGUUUCCAGCGACUCUCAGUUUUCUCGAGUCAAUCUCAUUUCCCCACCGUCCGUGACACCUGCUCCAGCGUUCAUCUCGCCAUCUGCAGCUUCAGAUAUUAUCUCUGCCGAUCAGGAGUUCAACGCCGCCGAUUUUGUCGCUGAUGAUGAGGAAACCGGGGCUCGCGCCACGGCGCUGGUGACCCCCGCUGCCUUAUCGCUCCUGAACGGAUUCCUCGAUAACCUCUUAUUUAAUAUCCUGGCUUCGUCAAAGUCGACACAGCUGGCUUCCAUUCGACCCGCCAUGGCUGAUGUAUUGAAGCCCCGCUUGGCCAAGGAAGUCGUCUCCGCGGCUGAAGAAGAGUUGAGCGAAUUUAUGGGCGGAGUGGAGGAUGAACAGACCGAAUUCCGUGGUGGCCAGGAGCCCGGCGGCGAUUUUGAUCUAGUACGCUCAUGGAAGCUAACUCGUCUACGGUGCAUGGUCUACACACGACUAGGUGACAUGGAAGAGGAUGACGAAGAUGAGUUUAUCGCGCAAGACAACCUUGGAGAAACCGAUGGAGCGCCCCGCAGAUUUACUAGUCAUGUCGACAAUAUUACACCGGCAGCUUCUAUUUUCCUUACCUCAAUUAUCGAAUACAUUGGCGAGCGCGCACUCGUCAUUGCUGGUGAGACAUCGCGGUCUCGUUUAUCGGCACAGCUCAACAGUGGGGAUGAGUGUAGUGGAUCCGGAGAGCGAAAACGGAUCGACCAACUUGUGGUUGAAGACCUCGAUAUGGAGAAGUUGGCCCUGAAUGCAACCCUGGGUCGCUUGUGGCGCACAUGGAGACAGCACAAACGCAGAACCACUCUUUCUAGAACCCUAUCUCGUGAAUCAUUCCGCCCUCGGGGUUACUCCCUGGCAAACAGUCGAAAGAGCAGCAUUGUGACCAUCGAGGAACCAAUGACCCCCGAGGAGCCUCUGCCCGUGGCGCUCCCACCUUUUGACCCCACUACUAUCCCCUUGCCAAUGAGCGAAUACGAUGUUCUAGAGAUCGAGGUCCCAGGCUACAUUGGUGAUCUAGAUGGGGAGGUGCAGACUAUGGAAGCCGUUGUUGCUCACAAGGUGCGACCGCGCAGUCUGAUGGUGUUUUCAUCGCCCUCGCUUGUGCCAAAAUCUCCAGGUUCAUCAAAUAGCUCCCCCGUGAGUGCAUCGGCUAUUGAACCCGGCAAAUCAAUCCGCCAUGUUCGUACGAAGUCUCUACCUAAUGGGGCAGCGCCACCCGACUCCGCUGAGGAGGAGCCAGUGUCGCCAACAACAGUAUUGUCGCCAACAGAACAACCAUCACCCACUGCGUCGGAGAAAACGCAACUCGAGACUAUGUACGAGGAUGAUGAAUCAGCAGAAUAUGUGGAUGCAUCCGAAACUACCCCUGGCAUCGCUCUCACAGAACAUGAAGAGAAGCCAUCCUUCGAAUCUGCAGCAGAAGGCUUCGAAAAUACGAGAAUGUCGGUCUUGCAUGAAGAAGAAGAGGAGACGUCUCCUGCAGUCAGUGACAUGGUUGCAUCCUUGCGCGCUGUCGCACAAGACGAAGACUCCAUGACCGAUCAGUCCAACAGUGCUCGCAUCUCCGUCGUAUCAUUGGGCGAUCGGCCGAAUCACAAAGACCCAGAAGUGAUUGAGGGCACUGGAUCAUGCGAAAAGCCCAAAUUGACUUCGACGAUACACCGACCAAAACGACAAUCCUCCAAGGACGCCGGUUUACUCAAUGCAACGUUGAUCUCUGGACAGACUAGCGACUCUGAAAUGCAAGCCGUUGCGGAGAGUCAACCUCCAACGCAAGGGGUUGAGACCACGCCGGCUCCACCCGUGACCCCCAUCGAGGCUGUCACAUCUUCUGUCAACCACGAUGCGACCAAUGAUGAUGACGAUCAGAGCAAGAUGGCAGUGAUCACUACUCCUCCGACUUCGUCAUCGGAGGAAUAUCCCGAAUCGGGAAAAUCUUCAAAUUCUCUCUCCCCCGAUAUCAGCCGCCUGAGUUCUGGUUCAAAUAAUUCGCAACGAUCGAAAACUCGCCCCAGACCUGCUCCGUUGGAGGUCACAGCCAGCAACCGAGGCCCCUCUGCCUCUGCCUCCGCCUCCACGGUGGAGCGAGCGGCUGUUCAGCGCAUGUCUCGACCAUCGAUAUCGAUGUCUUCAUCGAUCAUCGCUAAAUCCCGUCGGUCUGGGAGCUUCGGCAGUGCUCGCGAGAAUACGCGUCCAGUGACUUCUGGCUCUACUACAUCGUCGCAGGUAUCCAAUAAGUUGAAGGGUAUCAUGAGUCGAGCACAGGGUGAAUCCGGUUCGCUCCGCAGGCGGAGCUCGUCUGAGACUAGUCGCGCAUCCCGCGGCAGCGCAGACUCUGUAGAAAACGACAUUGCCGAUUUGGACAAGUUGAUUAAUAGUGAUGAGACUAUUCAUUACACCCUCACUCCCCGAAGUGUGAGGGAAAUGACCUUCCCUGACGCACCCAACCGAUCAGUUCCCCGAUCAGAGACGGCACUGUCAGAGACGGCAGGCAUCUCCGAUUUGGCAAAUUUCUUAAAUACCACUGCACCACCAGGCGAAGAUAAGCACCGUCCUCACGCCUCGGUUUCCUCCAGAACAACUGGAGAGAUGAGCCCAAUCGCCCACACCAAAUCCAUCGAGUCACCCAAGCACAUCCCGCUUACUACGCGCUUAAGCAGCAUUUCAUCAGCGUCGAGGUCUAGCAAGAUUGGACAGGCGCGGGACGCGCGAAUUGCACCCUCGGAUUCGACCCGUGACUUUGCGGAAUUCAUGAGAUCGACUGGCCCUGCUAGUGGGCCAUACGAGUCUAAGACUACUAUCUCUGCCGAGAGCGCGCGGCCUGUUCGUGUUGCAUCAAUUUCUACUACCUCCCGUGGAAACAGACCUAAACUCCAAGCUCGGUCUGCUGAGACUAGAGGAUCCCAGACCUCGGACCUCAUUGAUUUCAUUCGCGAGGGACCUCCUAUGCCAGCAGGCGCCCAUCGGAUUCCUCGCACAGUUGCACCUUUCCGCAACACCAGCGAUUCGGAUGAUAUUAUGAUGGAAACCACCACAUCCAGCUCCUUCGUCAGCACUGGUAAUGCAUCUACGCCUAAUAAGUCCUUGACAUCUCUUGGUUCACGAACUGGUUUGCUGGAUUCAAACCGAAACAAGACUUCAACAUCAGGAAGCGCCACGGAUUUCGACGAGCCCCAGCCUGUGCGGAAGCAACGCCGUGCUCGCGAUCCGUACGCUAUUGAUGAUGAUGACGAUGAUGCGCUUCUAGAAGAGCUUCUGGAAAACGAAGCAAACCCCAAGCCCAGGCGCGAGCAGGAGAGCCUGAUGGAUUUCCUACGCACUGCUCCUCCCCCUCCCCCCGAACAAUCCACACAACCGUUUGCAAUUAGCGCUCCUACAUCUAAUUCUGGUGCACCGGGCAUGAAAUCCCGCAUGCUCCGCACCUCCCACAACUCCUUGCGUACCACGCAAACCGCUUCUACAGUCCUGACUAACUACUCUGGCAAGGUUGGCCUGGAGCGCAACAACGGCACCCUACCUUCUCUUUCGAACCGCAGGACCGAGACUGGUGAUUUAGCGGAUUUCCUCCGAAACACCGGGCCUCCUCCAACCCCUGUGCCAGUUUCAUCGACACCGAUGAGCUCCAAGGCGAAGGAUGGUGGUCUCUCCCGUUUCUUCACGCGCCGAAAGAAGAUCGAGGUCUAA